AGGGUUCGAAAGCGAGGGGGGCAACACAAACAGAGCUGUGACUGAUUGUGUGUGGUGGAGGAGAGCAUAUUUUACAGAGCAGAACCGCGCCGUAUGUUGCUGGGAAGUGGAAACAUUUCUUGCCUGGAUGGACUGUUAGCAUCUUUUGAUGAGAGAAGCGCUGACAAUGAGAUUCGCCUGGAAAGAUAAAAUGCUCAUUAUGGCUCUCCCACAGAGCUCGGUGCAGGGCCGGGGGGAGGAAGUGGAGGAGGGGGCCAUAUACAAUGUGACACUGAAGAGGUGCCAGAUCCAGCAGGCCGCCAACAAGGGAGCAAGAUGGCUGGGGGCGGAUGGGGACCGGCUGCCUCCCGGCCACACUGUGAACCAGUUGGAAACCUGUAAGAUCCGGAGUAUCCGGGCGGGAACGCUGGAGCGUCUGGUGGAGACCCUGCUGACUGCAUUUGGGGACAAUGACCUCACCUACACCAACAUCUUCCUGUCCACAUACCGCGCCUUCGCCAGCAUGCACACCGUGCUGCAGUUGCUGCUAGACAAGUAUGGAAUUCCAGAGGAUAGUGAAGAACAGACUGAGCAAUGUAGAACCUCUGAAACCAAAGGGGCUGUUCGAACUGCCCUGGUCUCCAUCCUGCGAGUCUGGCUGGACCAGUGUCCAGAGGACUUCCAGGAGCCUCCAUCCUACCCCUGCCUCCACAGGGUGAUGGCCUACCUACAGAGGGCCCUGCCUGGAUCGGAGCCCAUGCGUAAAGCCCAGAGUCUACUGGAGCAGCUGAAGGCUGAGGCCAGUCUGGAUGUAGACUCAGAGGGUUUUUCUGGUGGUUUCCACGGCAACAGCUCCUUCUGCUUGGCUGAGGAUGAGGGAGUAGAGAUUGAGGUCCAGGAAGGAUUCCUGUCAUUUGAUGCAGACUUGGUGGCCGACCAGCUGACCUAUAUGGAUGCGUUGUUGUUCAAGAAGGUGAUUCCUCACCACUGCCUGGGCUCCAUCUGGUCCCAGAGGGAUAAGAAACAGAACAAGCACAGUGCUCCCACCAUCCGUGCCACCAUCACCCAGUUCAACGCUGUGGCAGCGUGUGUGGUCAGCACCAUACUGCACCGACAACAGAUCCGCCCGCUCCUCAGGGCACGGGUCAUCAAGCGCUGGAUAGACAUCGCUCAGGAGUGUCGCGUGCUUAAGAACUUCUCCUCUCUCCGUGCCAUUGUGUCUGCACUGCAGUCCAACCCACUUUACAGACUGAAGAGGGCCUGGUCCUGGGUGCCCAAAGACAGCAUGUCUACGUUUGAAGAGCUAUCAGACAUCUUCUCAGAUCACAACAACUACCUGACUAGCCGAGAGUUGCUGAUGAGGGAGGGCACCUCUAAAUUUGCCAAUCUGGAAGGCUGUGCUAAGGAGCACCAGAAACGCACUCGCAAACGACUCCAGCUGCAGAAGGAAAUGGGUGCCAUGCAGGGGACGAUACCUUACCUGGGCACCUUCCUCACAGACCUGACCAUGUUAGAUACGGCCCUGUCAGACCUAGUAGAGGGGGGGCUAAUCAACUUUGAGAAGAGGCGAAGGGAGUUUGAGGUGAUCGCUCAGAUCAAGCUGCUGCAGUCUGCGUGUAACAGCUACUGUCUUAGUGCUGAUGAUGGCUUCCUGCGCUGGUUCAAGAACCAGCCUCAACACAGCGAGGAGGAGAGCCAUGCUAUGUCUUGUGACAUUGAAGGGGUCGGAGACAGCAGUCCAACCUUACCCAAACUUCGCAAGAGCAUGGUUAAGAGACUCAGCCUACUGUUCCAAGGUGCAGACUCAGCAGGCUGUUCCCCAGUGAGGGAAACACCUCGGUCGCCCCCUACUGGCAGCUCAGGGGAGAGCGUGGACUCAGUCAGUGUGUCGUCCAGUGACUCCAGCCCUUCAGACAGCGAGGGCCUAGGCAUGACACCUAUACACACUUCAGAUGCACAGCAGAACAAGGUGUCCGAGUCUUGCUAUUGCAUUUCUCUCCACUCCAUGGACACUACCUUGGCCUCAGCCAGUGUUCCUGUGACCCCGGUCUCACCCUUCCUCCCUGGCCCACCCUGCAUGCACCAUCGCUUGGACUCCCUGACGCCCAUGUCUCCCUCCUCUCCCCUGCCCCCUGCCUACAACACCCAGGCUCAGGACGCCUGCAUCAUCAGAGUCAGCCUGCAGCAGGGCAACGGCAACCUCUACAAGAGCAUCAUGUUGACGAGUCAGGAUAAGACUCCAGCAGUGAUCUCUAGAGCCGUGGCCAAACACAACCUGGAGAGUGAGCCUGGGGAGGGAUACGAGCUGGUGCAGGUCAUCUCUGACGAAAGAGAGCUGGUGAUUCCAGACACCGCCAAUGUGUUUUACGCCAUGAACACCUCAGCCAACUUUGACUUCCUGCUGCGUGUGCGAGGCACUGCUGGGCGGUCAGUCCAACUGAGGAGUCACUACGCCUCCACAUUCCCCCGCGCCCAGCAGCGCUCCAGCCUGUCGUUGCGCCUCAGCAAGGUCACCCUGUGACUCCCGGGACAAGGGCACUAUGCCUGGAAGGGACACAUUUGAUUUUUUUAGUCACUUAGCAGACACACUUAUCCAGAGUGACUUACAGUAGUGAGUGCAUACGUUUUCAGACACCCGACUGGAUGGGCUGGGAGUGGUGGUGGGAGACUGAACAGGACCAAACAUGGGGGAACGAAUUGAAGUCGAUGAGUUUAGACUCUGAAUUCUCUAUUCCCACAUCCCCUUUCCCUAAUCAGACCCCAUUUCUUAGUGCUCCCUCUCCCAGCAUCCCUUCCAGUAGCAGCUUGUGGCCUUCCCUUUCUGGCACUUCCCCCAAACCCCUAUGGACUAUUAUGGAUGUGUAGUGGGACAGUGUUGCCAUAUAGAUGUCUGUGGCAGAGCGAGACAGCCGUCGUCCCCCCUCUCCACAUGAAGAGGUUUUGCGCCGGUAGGAAGAGUGACUCCAGCCCCCAUCAGUAUUCAGAUUUGUUAUCGACUCUUUCCUUUCCUGUGGCGCCUGUAUGUUUCCUAUUAGAGGGAGAUGGGAGCCUGGACAGAGAGCGAGACUGAGAUGUCCUGUCUAACGGUGAUGAAUGAUCGGCUCCUGUGUCAGUGUUAAUCUAUGUGAUUGAUUGACAGGAGCUGUGUGAUGUCUUCUUUGUUUCCAUUAUUUCAUAGUGUGCACUGUGUGUACCACUCGGGACUGCACCGCUCAUUGUUAACUGUGUGAUGAAUGCCAGUAUAGAGGCAUUCUGAUAGGUUACUACUUGGUUUUAACAAAGUUUUUGUCCUUUUGAUAUUGUUUAGCUGUCCUAUCUCACCUUUUAGGGUGUAGUGACACAGGAUGGGUCUCUAUGUGAGGCCCGGAUUGCGAUGCCUGACGCAUUGAUUCGCAGUCCUAAUAGAGAUGCACUUGUUAGUGGCUAGGUGAUGUCAGGAGGUGGGAAGUAGGUGGAAUGAGUGACAUUUACAUUUUAGUCAUUUAGCAGACGCUCUUAUCCAGAGAAAUGUACAGUUAGUGCAUUCAUCUUAAGAUAGCUAGGUGGGACAACCACAUAUCUCAAUUAUAGUAAGUACAUUUUAGUUUAUGAAAGGUAAUAUAUUGAGGGGGAUUAUUUAAGAUACUCUUUGAAGAGGUAGGGUUUUAGAUGUUUUUGGAAGAUGGGCAGGGACUCUGCUGUCCUAGCUUCAGGAGGAAGCUGGUUCAAACAUUGUGGUGCCAGGACAGAGAAGAGCUUGGACUGGAAUGAGCAGGAGCUGCCCUCCCGUAGGGGUGGGAGAGCCAAGAGACCAGAGAUGGCAGAACAGAGUACUUGGAUUGGGGUGUAGGUUUUGAGCAGAGCCUGAAGGUAGGAAAGGGUAGUUCCUCUUGCUGCUCCGUAGGCAAGUGUCAUGGUCUUGUAGUGGAUGCGAGCUUUGACUGGCAGCCAGUGGAGUGUCCAGACAUGGGAAGGUUGAACACCAGGCAGGCUGCAGGAUUCUGGAUAAGUUGCAGGGUUUGAUGGCUCAAGCAGGGAUUCCAGCUAACAGCGAGAUGCAGUAGUUCUGACGGGACAUGACAAGUGCCUGGAUUAGGACCUGCACCCUUUCCUGUGUGAGGUAGGGUCGUACUCUACGUAUGUUGUAGAGCCUGAACCUGCACAAGCAAGUCACUGUUUUGAUGUUUGCAGAGAACGACAGAGUGUUGUCCAGGGUCAAGCCAAGGUUCUUUGCACUUUGGGAGGGGGACACCGUGGAGUUGUCAACUGUUAUAGAGAGGUCUUGGAGCAGGCAGACCUUCUCUGGGAGGAAGAGCAGCUCUGUCUUGUUGAGCUUGAGGUGGUGGUCUGACAUCCAUGCUGAGAUAUCUGCCAGGCACGCAGAGAUGAGGCACGCACAUGAGUGUCAGAAGGGGGAAGUAGAAAAAUGGUUGUGUCAUCCGCAUAGCAAUGAUAGGAGAGACCAUGUAAGGAUAUGACAGAGCUGAGUGACUUGGUGUAAAAAGAAAAGAGGGCCUAGAACCGAGCCCUGGGGGACACCAGUAGUGAGAGCAAGUGGUGCAGACACAGAUCCUCUCCACGCCACCUGGUAGGAGCGACCUGCCAAGUAGGAUGCAAUCCAGGAGUGUGAGAUGCGUAGCCUUGAGAUGGUGGAGAGGACGAUCUGAUGGUUCACGGUGUCUAAGGCAGCGAAUUGAUCUAGGAAGAUGAGAACUGAGAGAGUCAGUGUUGGCAGUGCGGCGAGCCUCCAUGACACAGAGGAGAGCAUUCUCGGUGGCGUAACCAGUCUGGAAGCCUGACUGGUUGGUUCAAUAAGAUCGGCACGCUCAAUUGUUUUAGAAAUAAAAGAAAGAA